GACAACAGAAAAGAUUUCCAUCUCCUCCUCCGUCUCUAUACUCUCCUCCUAGGUUCCACUACUCCGCGUUUUUUUUCCCACGACGGCCCUAACGGUACUUGUUGAUCUUUGCUGGCCGAGGCGUGGAGCGAUGAAAGCGGCGUUGUGACGAAUGUGCGGCCGCUGCGUGGAUGUGACACGUCGGAGGAGGAGGAGAAGGAGGGCGGGGAUGGAAGGCAUCACAGCCCAGAUCUAGUGGACCAGUGACGGCGUCUUCCUUUUCAACUGCUGGAUCAUUACGGACAAGCAUGGCAGCAAGGAGGCUUGGUUGAGGUCGAGCCGCUUCCUGCUUUGGCGCUCACGAUGGAGAAGUCGUUGGCAGAGUUCACCAAAGUGGGUUCUCAGUCCACGUCUUCGCUCCCGCAGGAUCCAGCAGACGCGGUGCGCAGUAAAACAUGUUUGCAGAGGGUCCGCCUGAACGUGGGCGGCCUCCCUCACGAGGUCCUGUGGAGGACCCUGGAGCGCCUCCCUCGGACGCGGCUGGGAAAGUUGCAGGACUGCAGCAGCCACGAGUCGCUGAUGGAGGUUUGUGACGACUACAACACGGAGGACAACGAGUUCUUCUUCGACCGACAUCCCGGCGCCUUCACGUCCAUCCUCAACUUCUACCGCACGGGCAAACUGCACAUGAUGGAGGAGAUGUGCGCUCUGUCCUUCAGCCAAGAGCUGGACUACUGGGGCAUCGACGAGAUCUACCUGGAGUCCUGCUGCCAGGCCAGGUACCACCAGAAGAAGGAGCAGAUGAACGAGGAGCUCAAAAGGGAGGCGGAUAAUUUGAAGGACCGUGAUGGCGAAGAAUUCGACAACACGUGUUGUGCCGAGAAACGGAAGAAACUGUGGGACCUUCUGGAAAAGCCCAGCUCGUCUGUUGCUGCAAAGAUCCUGGCCAUCAUCUCCAUCCUCUUUAUUGUGUUGUCUACCAUCGCCUUGUCCCUCAACACUCUACCAGAGCUUCAGGACACAGAUGAGUUCGGUCAGUCCACUGACAAUCCUCAGCUGGCCCACGUGGAAGCAGUGUGCAUCGCCUGGUUCACCAUGGAGUAUCUUCUCCGCUUCCUCUCAUCGCCCAACAAGUGGAAGUUCUUCAAAGGUCCUCUGAACGUCAUCGACCUGCUGGCCAUUCUGCCUUACUAUGUCACCAUCUUCUUGACGGAAUCCAACAAGAGCGUGUUGCAGUUUCAGAAUGUGCGUCGCGUUGUCCAAAUAUUUCGGAUCAUGCGAAUCCUUCGUAUUCUGAAGCUCGCUCGCCACUCCACAGGGCUUCAGUCUCUAGGCUUCACCCUCAGGAGAAGCUACAACGAGCUGGGCCUGCUCAUUCUAUUCCUGGCCAUGGGCAUCAUGAUCUUUUCCAGUCUAGUGUUCUUUGCAGAGAAGGAUGAGGAGGACACCAAGUUUAAAAGCAUUCCGGCUUCUUUCUGGUGGGCGACCAUCACAAUGACCACAGUCGGUUAUGGAGACAUCUACCCAAAGACUCUGCUGGGCAAGAUAGUAGGGGGUUUGUGCUGCAUAGCUGGAGUGCUGGUGAUAGCGCUCCCCAUUCCAAUCAUUGUCAACAACUUCUCUGAGUUCUACAAGGAGCAGAAGAGACAAGAAAAAGCUCUGAAACGCAGAGAAGCCCUGGAGAGAGCAAAGAGAAAUGGUAGCAUUGUCUCCAUGAACUUGAAGGAGGCGUUUGCCCGUAGUGCAGAACUGAUGGACGUGGUGGUGGAAAAGAAUGAGAGGUCUCAUGAUAACCACCUCUCACCCAAUCGUUGGAAGUGGACGCCGAAGAGAGCAACAUCAGAAACCAGUUCCAACCGCUCCUUCAACACGCAACACUUAGGAUCGCCUGAGAAGAAUCAGGACUGCAGUCCUCAAAAGUUGAACGUUCAUAAGCUGGAGGAGAUGUACGCCCAAAUGGCCAAGACUCAGUCACAGCCAAACCUCAACGCUAAAAACAGAGCUUCCAGGGUCGGAAAGUCAAGAGAUGAGAUCGAGCUUGGCGCCAUGCAGGAUCACCGUCCAUCAAUGAUGGCAACCAGAGAAGGCGUCAGCGACAUGAAGAGUCUGUCCAGCAUCGACAGCUACAUCAGCUGCGCUACCGACUUCCAGGAGAACCUGCGAUACCCUCAGAGUUCACCGUUGGACCUUUGCCAUAGUAACAGUCCGACUGUAACUUGGUCACAGCACACCUUCGGUGCGCCCACAAUGACACCCACCACUGUCACCAAACCCUCCUGCUCGGAAAAUGCGAGAAAAUUCUUAUUCUCCAGCAACGCAUCAAGAAGCUUCUUCUCCAAGGAAAGCUGCCGCAACGACAAGGCGUCCGGACCGUCGCCGCUGUCGGACAACUCCGUCCUGUCUGACCACUCUUUGCUCAGCCCCCAAGUGUCCGUCUACACAACAGCCAGCAGCAGGACCCCGCCCAAGUCUCCAGAGAGUGCCGCCUUGGCCCCCACCGUCUUCACCUUCCACGACUCUUCGAUCAGCAAGUACAUCGACGCUGACACGGACGAUGACGAGCACCUGCGAGACAUCUCUGGCGCCAGUCCCACGGAUCGCCUGCUGAGCGGCUCCAGUCCAAAGCGCAGCAUUAACAUCAACUACCAACGAGGAAGCAACCAUCUAGAAGCAGCACACAAGAUGCUGGCACAAAACUGCCUGUUCCCGCGUGAGGGAACGUGCGGACUUCCUCACGAGAACCAUGUGGGACCAGAGGUGGGACGCAGGUAAAAAAAAUAAAUCAAAAUACUUUGGACAAAAGCCACUGAGUGUUGAGGUUGGAACUACGAAGAAGAAUGUUCUGGAAACAUCCAACCAGAGACACAAAGUCUCACCUUAUGAACAUGAAAACCACAGAGGACGACUCUGGGAGUAAAACUAAGAACUUCACUGCCCCUUUUCGACUCAUUCCAAUUAUUCCGCAAGACAGAAAUGUAGCCAGCAGGUCACAUGACGAUCGCACGACAUGUGCUUGUUAAGUCCUCUCUACCCACAAAACACUUUUUGUAGUCUUAACGAUCCAGGAGAGCUAAAAAACCUUCAAGCGGCUUCUUCUCGCUCUUCAUUCCCAAACCUGGCCUUAGUCAUCUUCAUCUGUGGAUGUGAGCGUGCAUGUGAGGAUGACUGCCGAAGGACGAUAAUUCAUGUAAAGAUUGUCCAAGCUGAUUUAUUUUUUAUAGCUAAGAGCAAAGUAGAUUUGUCAUAAUCAACGCUAACGGUUGCUAAGGCUUCGAAUACGAGAUCAUUCGUCUGAAGCUUCAGUAUUUUGUCACAUGACAUUUCAACACCAUCACUGUUAGCUGAGUCGUUCAUGUAACAUGACGGAAAUAACAGUUCUUUAUUGUUUUUAUAUUUAACAAUACGCACACAGGCCACUUUAUUAGGUACACCUGCACAAUUCAAUAUAGUGGUCGACUCGAUGCAGCGCAAGCUCUGAAGGUGUCAGGAAGUGUUGUUUACCAAAUUUCUACUACUUAAGUACACACUUGAAAUUACACAUUUGAAUCAUGUCAUAACAUCAUAUUAAUUAGGAGGAUGCCACCUUGUGGACAGAGGGAAAACAACAAGCUUCUUCUUCCUUGUAAUUCAGGACAAACACGCCAAAUGUACAAAAAAACAACUAAAAAUAUCAAAUCAUUUCAAGUGUAAUCAAAUGGAUGAUUGUAUGAAAUGCACUUUAUAAAAUAACAAUGCUCACUUUUGAUCAUGAAUCUGUUGUGUACAUUUGGCAUCUCGAUUAGAUCAUUAAAAUAUUGCAAACAAGCGUUAGUAUCAUAUAACAAGUUACAUAGAUAUAUUAAGUAUCAUAUAACAACUUACAUAAAUAUAUUAAUAGCGACUGGUCCAGGGUGUGGCCUGCCUUCCGCCCGAAUACAGCUGAGACAGGCUCCAGCACCCCCCCCCGCAACACCGAAAGGGACAAGCGGUAGAAAAUGGAUGGAUAUAUGAAUUAUAUUAUAAAUACAUGUUUUACCAGCUGCCUAUCUACUGUUACAUACUCUCUGUUACACAUUUCAAAACUGGAAGUGAAUAAACUAUCCAUAUAGACAAGAAAAAAGGUAGAAUUAAUUAGGUUUUGCUUCUCUGCUCCUUAUAAAAAAUGUUGGAUUGUUGAAGUUUGAUUUACUGCAAUGCCCGAUAAAACUAAUACACUAAUACAUAACUUCAUGCUGCGACUACACUUACAGCACUAAGUGUUUUCGCCAUUAUUGCAGAGUUUUCGAUUAAUUUCUGUAAAGAAAGUAUUUAGUGGCUGAAUACUAACCAUAUCUUCUGGACUAUACAGCGCACCUGGAUAUAAGCCGCACCCACUACAUUUUAGAAGAAAACCUAUUUUUCCAUUUAUUAGCCGCACUUGACUAUAAACUGCUGAUAGAUACUCUGUGAAAUGAGGUAUUUAGAUUUUGUAAAGUUCAUUUACAUACCUUAAUUGUUUCCAAACUGUGUCUGUAACACAGCAGUAUCAGGAGUCGUCUGAACAGGAUUCAUCGUCAUGGACCCACUAAACAGACUCAAUGAGUCUACGGUGACGUUUGGGUGAAUUUACAAAACUGAAACAAUACAAAGAGAAUGCCAUUGUUGGUUAAUAAUACUAAUAAAAACAUUUGUACUUGUGUUAGCAUGGUAGCUAGAGCUAACAACGCUAGCUUCAUUACAUUACCAUAGCACAUACAAAUAUGCACGAAAACACUAUGACAGACAUUACACAUGGGACGGUUUAGUAAGUAAAAAAUUGUUUUAGUUAUGCUGUAAAACUUACAAACGUUGCUGGGAGUCGGAUAGAAACGAAUAGAAACUCUGUAGAAGACUGAACUGUACUCCAGUAAGUUUGAAAAAAAGUCUAAAUAGAAGGGUAAUGCAGCACCUGCAGCACCUGCAGUGAGCAAUUUCGUCCAAAAGAUGGCGCCACAGCACACACAAUAAAACACUUAUUCUGUUUUGUUUUUUUGUUUUUUUAAUAACUGUUUACUUCAUGCACAACCUUAAAGGCCUACUGAAACCCACUACUACCGACCAUACAGUCUGAUAGUUUAUAUAUCAAUGAUGAAAUAUUAACAUUGCAACACAUGCCAAUACGGCCGGGUUAGUUUACUAAAUUGCAAUUUUAAAUUUCGUGCGAAGUAUCCUGUUGAGAACGUCGCGGUAUGAUGACACGUGCGCGUGACGUAAUGGAUUGUAGCAGACAUUUUGAUCCUGCACCGAUCACAGCUAUAAGUAGUCUGCUUUAAUCACAUAAUUACACAGUAUUCUGGACAUCUGUGUUGCUGAAUCUUUUGCAAUUUGUUCAAUGAAUUAUGGAGAUGUCAAAGAAGAAAAAUGUAGGUAGGAAGCGGUGAAUUGCAGCCGCCUUUAGCAACACAAACACUAACGGUGUUUCCUAGUUUUUAUUCGGCUCUUACCGUAGACAUGAGCGGAGAGGAUGCGUCGUUUCUCCUGCAGCUGUGGACUCUCUUGCCUCCUCCCACCAGCCGCCACCGACCGUUGGAUGCUUACUCCGUAGAAGGGGAAAAAAAAAUCUCAGCCCGGCUGCCUUGACUCGUCAAGAAACGUGGCUUACCUCGGAAACACUGGCGGUCACCAUACUCGUGGCCAAACCCCUCCGACUUUCAGGUACCAUAUAAUCUCACUAAAACGCUAGUCCUUCACUGUCACUUUCCUCAUCCACAAACCUUUCAUCCUCGCUCAAAUUAAUGGGGAAAUCGUCGCUUUCUCGGUCCGAAUCGCUCUCUUUGCUGAUGGCCAUGAUUAUAAACAAUGUGAGGAUGUGAGGAGCUCCACAACCCGUGACUUCACGCGCACAUCGUCUGCUACUUCCGGUACAGGCAAGGCUUUUUUAUUAGCGAACAAAAGUUGCGAACUUUAUCGUCGAUGUUCUCUACUAAAUCCUUUCAGCAAAAAUAUGGCAAUAUCGCAAAAUGAUCAAGUAUGACAGAAUGAACCUGCUAUCCCCGUUUAAAUAAGAAAAUCACAUUUCAGUAGGCCUUUAAAAGCAUUUAGUGUAUUGGUAUAUGGGAUUAAACUGUGGAAUAGAUUCAGUAAAGAAUCUAAACAAUAUACUAUCAUGAGCCAGUUUAAGAAACGGUAAAAGCAGAUGUUUUUUACUAAUUAUACUAAAGAACUGUUGAAGCACAGUGACUAAUAUUACAAUCAUAUACUCAUUGUGGUACUGGUUAGAAUAUGAAUGAGUUCCUCUUUACUCUAAUUUAAUCCUGAAUUAUUUUCACUUUUGUAUAUCUCGCUUCCUUUUAUUUUUGUUUUUAUUUUUAUCUCUGCUGCUUUCGGCACAGUGGUGGGACCGGACAAACCUUGCCUUUUCUCACACCUUUUUGACGGUUAAUCAUUUAAUAGCUGUCCAUCAGCGAAGAAAAAUACAUAAAUGAGCUGCACGGUUUCACAAACCGCAGGGUUCAAAGCCUAGGAAAAAAGUAGCUGUUUAUAAUCCGAAAUUUACAGUACAUACAUUUAACAUUUUUUAUAAGUCCUCCACAUGGGUUUCACACACAUUUUUAAACUUCAAUAGGUACUUAAAUAAUGUAUUUAAAUAUAAAUGUACUUAAUGGUACUUAAGUAUCCAUGAUGUAGUAGUAGUAAGUGAACUGUGAAGUGUGGCGGGCAAACUGUUCGACACAAACACUGUAUGUGCUAAAAAGUAUUUAGAUUGCAAAACUAUUUUUCAAAUGAUUUGAUCAAGUUACAGCGCCAUGAGCUUAACUUCAUAAAUUAUUGUGAAAACAAGGUGUCACCAAAAUUAAAUUACUACUCCACUUUAACUUUUAGACAAUGUAAGUCCACAUUUAACGGUUAAUAAUGAAUAGGUUUGUGUUCUCUGACUAAUUUCACUUGAUCAAAACUUUUCUAACAUUCCAUAAGAAUGUAGGAUUCCUGCGGAUAUCGUAUUAUUCGAUCAAUAUUUGCAUCGGCGGAUACUUUAGGCUGUGAUAUCGGUAUCGUUUAGGUGGGAAAAGUUGUAUUGAGACACAAUUAUGAGUAAAAAUAUUUGUAAAAUUGUUAUAUUUUGGAAAAACUGCCUUAAAGCUGGGAACAACGGAUCGAGCAGAUAAAUACAAAAAUAGAUACUGUACCUCAUCAAGCAUUUCAGCUUUUAAAAAAAGGAAAAGGCGUAAAUGUGAUCUGCGUUUGUGUAGGUGUACCUAAUGAUGUGGCUUAAUCUAAACCCACCAGCUGAUCAUCACUAAAGUUUAAACAGUAGCAAAUGUUCAGCAUGCAUUGGCCUGCUUUUGAGCGAUGGAAAGUACAGUAGGAGGCUGUACUGUGGGUGAUAAUAAUGAUGAUAUUGUACAGUCAAAUUAAGGAUGUAUACAUCAUUGUAUUGAUUAUUUGUACUCAUUUCAACUGCACAUGAGCUGUAACACAAUAACACACACAAACUGAAACAUACAAUACUGUACAUGCAGAUACAGUGUAUAUACAUAUAUACAUGUAUGCAUACAUUUAAAGGGGAACAUUAUCACCAGACCUAUGUAAGCGUCAAUAUCUGCCUUGAUGUUGCAGAAAAAAGACCAUAAGUUUUUUUAACCGAUUUCCGAACUCUAAAAGGGUGAAUUUGGCGAUCUAAACGCCUUUCAAUUGUUCGCUGUCGGAGCGAUGACCAUUUUCUCAAACACAUUACACACACAAGUCAAUUUAACUCUGUUAUUUUACGUUGUUUCGACUGUUUUCCGUACCUUUGAGACAUCAUGCCUCGUCAUUGUGUUGUCGGAGUGUGUAACAACACGAUCAGUGACGGUUUCAAGUUAAUUUACGUGGAGUGUGCAUCGAUUAGCACGGCCUGCUAAUCGAUGCUAACAUGCUAUUUAGGCUAGCUGUAUGUACAUAUUGCAUCGUUAUGCCUCAUUUGUAGCUAUAUUUGCAUCCAGCCUUUCCCUCCACCCACAUUUAAUGCCAAACAAACGCAUACCAAUCGACAGAUUUAAGUUGCACCAGUGUCAAAAGAUGCGAAAGUCCCUCGUUUGGUCUGCACAUUUUACCGGCGAUUUUACGACAGACACGGCACAGAGAUGUGUGGAUAUCCUGCGACACUCAAAGCAGAUGCAUUUCCAACGAUAAAGUCAACAAAAUCACAAUGGUGAGUUUUAUUGAUGUUAUUGACUUAUGUGCUAAUCAGACAUAUUUGGUCGCGGCAUGACUGCCAGCUAAUCGAUGCUGACAUGCUAUUUAGGCUAGCUGUGUGUACAUUUGUAGCUAUAUUUGCAUCCAGCCUUUCCCUCCACCCACAUUUAAUGCCAAACAAACACUUACCAAUCGACGGAUUUAAGUUGCUCCAGUGGUCAAAAGUAGCAAUCGUUGGUUAGAAGGCGAUCGCCGAAUAGCUUUAAUGGCUAUUCGCUCAAUAGCUUCAGUUUCUUUUUCAAUUUCGUUUUCGCUAUCUGCCUCCAAACUCCAACCAUCCGUUUCAAUACAUGCGUAAUCUGUUGAAUCGCUUAUGCCGCUGAAAUCCGAGUCUGAAUCCGAGCUAAUGUCGCUAUAUCUUGCUGUUCUAUUCGUCAUGUUUGCUUGUAUUGGCAUCACUAUGUGACGUCACAGGAAAAUGGACGGUGUAUUUACAGAUAGCGAAAAUCAGGCACUUUAAAGCCUUUUUUCGGGAUAUUCAAUGAUGGGUAAACUUUGGAAAAAAACUUCGAAAAAUAAAAUAAGCCACUGGGAACUGAUUUUUAUUGGUGUUAACCCUUCUGAAAUUGUGAUAAUGUUCCCCUUUAAAUAUGUAUGUAUGCUAUAUAUACAGUAUACCUGCUUCUAAGUCGGUAUACCUAGAUGCAGACAGUCGCCAUGGCUUGGUUGCCAUGGUGACCGUUGUUCAGCCUGUUCAUUGGGGUAGGAAGGUCUGACGUCCUGUACAAGAACACACAUGCACACACAUGUGUCUAUGUCCCGUUUAUGUAGCACACUUUGAAUUGUGUUUCUUCGUCACACAGCAAUAUUCAAAUAAAUAUUGUGGUAUUAGGAGAGUAAUGAUGCACUUUAAUGUCUCAUGCAUCAAAAAAUGCCUUUAAAGACGUACAGCCCUUUAAGAGAAACCAGUAAAGAUGCAUAUAAUUUACCAGAACCAUGAAAACAAUGACAUCUCACAUUGUGUCUUGUUUUUUUUUUUGAGUACAUUGAAGAGUGCUUGAAUGUGAAAGGAAUAACAAUGAGUGUGUAACUCUGCGUAUGUGUUUGUGUGUUCGAGAGUUACAGUGAAGGAUAGUGUGACUCAAAAAAAAAAAAUCAUGUCUAAGCCUCCCCACAUUGAUGGCAUCCCAGUGAAGUACUAAUAAAUAUAGUACAUACUAUAUAUAAAUAUGAAUUAUUUUUGUACCCCUCAUCUUUGUGGCGCCCCUUGAAGAAUGUCACUCUCAGCAAUUAGUAAUGUUAAAAGCAGCAACUAUUGUGUGUCCAUUUUUAUUCAAGCACAAACUGAAUGCAACUAAUAAUUUCUGAAAACGUUUAGCUGGAAAUGACACAAAGUAGCAAUAAAGUUACUUUUUAUACAUUUACAAAAAGAUCCAUUCUAAACAUGGACCACAUGCAGCAGCUUGAGAAAAAUUAAGAAACAUAAAAGCUUUUGUUUUUCAAUUUGUCUAUUAAUUUUUUAUCCGCUAACUUAGUUAUGUAAAAACUAUGAACUCAUAUUCACUUCUUAAUGUGAAGUAAGGUGAAGAAAAAGCAGCAGCUUCAAAACAUGAAGAAAAGCUUAUUUUCCCGACAUGCUAAGCUAAGAUAAAAGGAUUUGUUUUAUUGAUACUUUUAAAUAUUAAACACAUUCUGGGGUGAACAGAAAUGAUGCAGCAGAAAAACUUUUUUUCAGGAAGUUGUGGAUAAUAAUAAUCAGAAUAUUAAUAGGUUCGGAUUAUAUUCCCCUCCGUGAUCAGUAGAUAUAUCUGUAAUGAGAAAGAAUAACAUGAUUGUAUAAAACUUGUUUUUUCAUACUGAAGAAAAGAAAAAUCUUUAAAAUAGUUGUUUUAGUGUAAAAUUAAUACCUUGAACAACUUCUUAGUCGUUUGUUGCUUUUUUUGUUUCAUUUUCAAGCUAAAAGAAAAUUAAUGGAAUGUUUGUUUUUCCGAUCAAUUGAAUACUUGAUGAAAAAGCACACACAUUCCCACUAAUGUAUGAAAAUAACAAUGUAUUUCAUUUCCAACAAAGAAAGGUAAUAUUUCAUAAGUAUAACAUAUCAUUAAGACCAUCUUAUUGAUGAUAACCCAUAGUACUUAUUCAUGAUAAAUACUUCUGUCAUUCACCUUGAUUUUCACAGACUUCUAAUGCAUGAAUUCUAUGUGCAAAAGUCAAGGCCAGUGUAUGUUCAACAUUUUAUUGAUUACUGAAGAUUACCAAUCAGUUUCAUCAUUUUUUGUCCAAUCACAGAAACAGUCAGGGAUUAUUUGAUGACAAUCAAUAUUUCAAUAAAACAUGUUUUGUCACAUGAAUUUGAAAACAUUUUACACAAAAUAGCACUAAAUAACAUAUAUAUUAUUAUUAUAUCAUACUCUGCAUUUUAUUUCAAGUAACCAAAAUCACAUCUUUAGUUUUCCACUGAUUUUGUUGCACAAUCUUAUCAAAUGUUUCUUGCUACUUAAUGAACAUAUAUUAUCGUUUCAGAUUUGAAUUAUUCUGUUAAAUUUGGCGACAUAAAAACUACAUUCAUGUUCCGGAUAUGACAUUGUUUAAGGUGACUUUAUAGCCCACACUCAAGAGCAGAAAAAGUGAAAUGUUACAGAUUUGAAACGUUCAAAACUUUUAGGCUGCACUCACACUUUGCUGCGCUUGAGAUGAACCCUGGUGCGUAACGCUUAGUUUGGUCGAGUGCGCACCAAACAAGCCGACUGACACCGCUUGAGAGACGUCUCUUGGUCCGCUUGUAAGGGGAACUCUGGUGCGGUUUGCUUCACUCAAGGUCAAAUGCGAAGGCUAAACAGACCAAAGACAUGGAGAAGUGUUAAAAUGACAGACAUGAAAAAUGUAUGUGCGUGCGACAACUCUGUCAAAGUAUUUUUAGUAGGUUUUCAUGAAAGCCAAGAUGCUAAAUGAAUUAAAAAAAAAGCACUUGGAUGCUUUUAGAAAUCCUGAAUCCAGAUGGUGAUCAGGAUCAGCCCUUAAAUCGGACCACUCGUUUGCUGAAGUUUUAUCAAAAUCCAUCCAUGUACUUUUGUGUUACAUUGCGGACUAACAAAACCCAGUGAAUACGUGACCUCAUGGAAGGUUAAAUUAAAUUAUGUUUGUGUUGGCUGCAAGAAGGUUCGCUCUUUGCAUUGCUCUCAGCACCUUUGUUUUGUAGCGGAAUGCAAUCAAGGGAGUGAAGCUUCUUGUCACUCAUUCACUUUCUUUCUUGUUUCUCGUUUCUGACAUUCCCCGAAUGUUUUAUGAAAAUCCUCUCAUUACGUCGCUCUACGAUUUAAACCUGGAUUAUGCUUGUUGCCUUCUUUUGUCCUAAAUGAACCAUACAAAUUAAAGAGAGGAUUAUCAAAUAAAUCCAAUUUCAUAAUUACAACGCUCACUUAUUGCAAAUGUUAAGAAAUCAGAAAACGUCAAGCUGGCAGGGGGUUUUUUGGUGGAUCGAACCGGUGUAGCGUUUAUAGCUCUGUGGCCUAGUGCAGUGCUUUUCAACCUUUUUUCAGUGAUGUACCCCCUGUGAACAUUUUUUUAAUUCAGGUACCCCCUAAUCCGAGAAAAGCAUUUUUGGUUGAAAAAAACAGAUAAAGAAGUAAAAUACAGCACUAUGUCAUCAGUUUCUGAUUUAUUAAAUUGUAUAACAGUACAAAAUAUUGCUCAUUUGUAGUGUUCUUUCUUGAACUAUUUGGAAAAGAAAAAAACUAAAAACUUGUUGAAUAAUAAACAAUUGAUUCAAUUAUCAAUCAAUCAAUCAAUGUUUAUUUAUAUAGCCCUAAAUCACAAAUGUCUCAAAGGACUGUACAAACCAUUACGACUACGACAUCCUCAGAAGAACCCACAAAUUAUAAAUAAAGAUUUCUACACAUAGAAGUAAUCAUCAACUUAAAGUGCCCUCUUUGGGGAUUGUAAUAGAGAUCCAUCUGGAUUGAUGAACUUAAUUCUAAAUAAUUCUUCACAAAAAAAAUAAAUCUUUAACAUCAAUAUUUAUGGAACAUGUCCACAAAAAAUCUAGCUGUCAACACUGAACUUUAUUGCAUUUCUUUUCACAGUUUAUGAACUUACAUUCAUAUUUUCUUGAAGUAUUAUUCAAUAAAUAUAUUUAUAAAGGAUUUUUGAAAUGUUGCUAUUUUAGAAUAUUUUUAAAAAAUCUCACGUACCCUUUGGCAUACCUUCCAGUACCCCCAGGGGUACGCGUACCCCCAUUUGAGAACCACUGGCCUAGUGGUUAGAGUUUUCACCCUCAGAUCGGUAGGUCAGGAGUUCAAACCUUAGUCACACCAAAGACUAUAAAAAUGGGACCCAUUACCUCCUUGCUUGGCAGUCACCAUUAAAGGUUGAAAUUGGGGGUUAAAUCACCAAAAAUGAUUACUGAGCGAGGCCACCUCUGCUGCUCACUGCUCCCUCACCUCCCAGGGGGGAUCAAGGGUGAUGGGUCAAAUGCAGAAAACAAAUUCACCACACCUAGUGUGUGUGUGACAAUCAUAGGUACUUUAACUUUAAAUUAUUGUCAAUAACUACAUUUUUAAUUACCCGCAAAUAACCGAUUUACUGUAUUUGAGUUAUGUAAUAUUCAUUCAAUCAAGUCGUCGUGUUUAUCGCAGACUUUGAGAGAUGUGAACGCUAUCACGUAACAAGUUUGUUUUGUAAAAUGUUAGCAGCAGCUAAAGUGUGAACGCAGCCUACUUUCCAUUAUAGCCCAUUAAAGUACAGGAUGUAUUGUAAUGUACUGUAUACAGUACAGUAGAAUACAGAGCGUAGUGUAUUGUACAAUAUAAUACAGUACCAUGUGUAUAGUGGUGUACUAUGCAGUGCAGUGCAUACAGUACAUUAUAGUCCAUCUUUCCAGGAGAAGCGAAAAGAAAAAGCAUGAAGUGAAAAGAAAAAGUGACAACAUAACUUCUAUUUUUCUACGCGUUAAAGCUCUCAGUGGAAUCCAGCCCAACUUUGCCUAAGCCAUCAGUCUUUGUAAAAAAAAGAAAGUACAAAGAUGGAAGAAAACUCUUCUAAAAUGUUGUUUGUAGGUCCCAGCUUUUCUGUUUUGUACAAACCAAGACAAUACAUUUCUACCCGUUGACUUUCUAUGCUGUAGUUUGUGUAUCAAUGUGUUGUUGCUGCAUGUCGUAUUGUUGUGGCCGCUGAUGACUCACACGGCGCCAUCUUGUCUUGUAAGGAACUUAAAAAGUGUGUCAACGUCCUCAAAUGUUUCUAUUUCUCCUCCCGACGAAAUAAAGCAGAUCACUUUACAUUUU